AGAAUGAGAAAGUCUCAGAAAAAAUGGCGACGGGGCACAACACCGGUAUGCGGCUUAUGUAACGCUAAGUGAAGCUCCCCCCCCACGCCUGUGGAAGGUGGUCUGUUCUAGCCACGCCCCCUUGUAUGCUUCAACUACUCCAAGCCCAGAGGUCAGUGCGGAGCCACGUACUACACUUCCCAGAGUUCACCGCGCCCGCUGGAACCUACCAACUCCGUGGAAAGAAGGGGGGGGAGGCUCUGUUCAGAGAGGGGAAGCUGGCCAGCAGGGUGGAGGAUCGAUCGAGGAUGGAGAUCCCGCCUUCCCAUCAGUGACAGGUCCUCUUUACGUGAAGUGGAAGGAUGAGAAGGACAAGCCGUAGGGAUCAGUUCACAUAUCAUUCGUUGUCGCCAUAAAUCUCAAAAGAAUUGACGCCCCAACACGUUUCGGGGGUAUAUGUCUCCCUUCAUCAGAGCUGACCGGUUCCCCAGGAUGGCGAGGGCUCCUCUCCGGCUCGUGUCUCUGCUCUCGGCCGGUCUGGCCACAUCCGGUCUCUGUGUGUAUGGGGCAAACUACUGGGACCCCAAUGAUUUUGGGGUUGUUCGAAUUGGAAGAGCUGCACUGACGACGGCAACCAUUAGCUGUGAUUAUCUCAUGAACCUCCACAGCGUUCCUCCGGGGACGCCAGAAUAUGACGUCCUCAAGUCCCAGAUACACAGCCGCUGUGCCCGUCAUCUGCUGGACCUUUGCUGCGCCAACCGGGGCACCUUCAUCAAGGUGGGGCAGCACCUGGGCGCCUUGGAGUACCUGCUGCCGCCAGAAUAUACCCGUACCCUCAGUGUUCUACACAGCCAGGCCCCGCCCACUCCACUGCCCGAUGUGCUGCGUGUCAUCCAAGAGGAACUGGGCAAAGAGGCCAAUGAAGUGUUUGAUCGGUUUGAGGAAGCGCCGCUGGGUGCCGCCUCAUUGGCUCAGGUGCACCGCGCGGUUCUGAAGGACGGCCGGACGGUCGCUGUGAAAGUUCAGCAUCCCAAAGUGCAGACACAGAGUUCCCGCGAUAUCCUGCUCAUGGAGGUUCUCCUCCACAUUGUGAAGAAGAUCUUCCCGCAGUUUGAGUUCAUGUGGCUCAUCGAGGAAGCGAAGAAGAACCUUCCGCUGGAACUCGACUUCCUGAACGAGGGGCGGAAUGCGGAAAGACUAGCGCACAUGGUGUCCAGGUUUCCCUUCCUCAAGAUUCCCAGAAUCCAUUGGGAGCUGAGCACCAAGCGGCUGCUGGUGAUGGAAUACGUGGAAGGUGGACAGGUGAACGACAGGGAGUACAUGGAGCGGAAUAAGAUUGACGUUAAUCAGGUGUCUCGUGCUCUGGGGAAAUUGUACAGUGAAAUGAUAUUUGUCCAUGGCUUUGUCCACUGCGACCCCCAUCCGGGUAAUGUUUUGGUCCGACAGAGUGCAGAAAUUGGAGGCCCGGAGAUCAUCCUGCUGGACCACGGACUGUACCAGAAACUAACUGACACCUUCCGCCUGGACUACUGUCGCCUUUGGCAGGCGUUGAUUGCAGUGGACAUGGAGGGGAUCCGCAUAUACAGCCAGCGAAUGGGAGCUGGAGAUUUAUACCCGCUCUUCGCCUGCAUGCUGACUGCCCGCUCCUGGAAGGCCGUGAACCGGGGGAUUGAUCGCGGGCCGGCUGGUAAGGAAGAGACUCAUGAGAUUCGAAGUAAUGCCGCCUCCUACUUACCUCAGAUCAGCCAGCUCCUUGCCAGCGUCCCGCGUCAGAUGCUUCUCCUCCUGAAAACCAAUGACUUGCUGCGUGGGAUUGAGACGGCCCUGCACACGCGGGCGAGUUCCAGCUCUUUCCUCAGCAUGUCCCGUUGCUGUGUUCGAGCGCUUUCCAGACAUCGGAAGGCCUCCGCCUCGUCUCUGUGGUCCUAUCCUCAUAUCUUCAUCUCUGAAUCUGUGUGUCUGGCCAAACUUCAGCUCUAUGAGAUUUUCCUCCAUGCUCAGUCUACCUCCGUGGGGCGGUGGCUGUCCCAUCUCCUACACUGGCUAUCCCAGUACAUACUGUAUAGUGAGGAGCAGUGAUGUACGACUUGAACUGUGGAGUGCAGGAGAGGCACAACAGGCAGCUGCAAUGGUGAUGGGUCCAGUGGAGGGGAACUUGGCUUUUCUGUUCUGCUGCUUCGCAUGCAUCAGAGAAAUGAGGUAUUGAGGCUUAGAAGCUGUACAAUCCCUAUGGAGUCUAGUCCUGUGUGUAUAUCACAGGCUGCGCAGCCUUCAGGACCUGGACUUCUAUGUAUUCUGUCAGAUGCAGCAGUAUGAACUGUCAGUGAUGCUCUAAUUCCUGGAAAUAUAAUGAAGGGGGGGGGGGGGGUAUACAGAGGUGGG